AGGGAUGAGUUUCCACACUUAGUGCCUUUCCCCCCCGUCUCUCACUAUCUUCCACUCUGUCUCCAGUCCCUCCAGCACCAUGGCCCCCAAGAAAGUUGAGCCCAAGAAGGUGGAACCCAAGAAGGCCGAGGCCAAGAAGGAAGAGACCCCGGCCAAGCCGGCCGAGCCCGCCCCCCCGGCGCCGCCGGCGCCGUCCAGCGAGCUGGACCUGAAGAGCGUGGUGGUGGAGUUCUCCGCCGACCAGAUCGAGGAGUUCCGCGACGCCUUCACGCUGUUCGACGAGACGCCGGCGGGCGAGAUGAAGAUCCGCUACGCGCAGUGUGGCGACGUGAUGCGGGCGCUGGGUCACAACCCCACCAACUCCGAGGUGCUGAAGCUGCUGGGCAAGCCCAAGGCGGAGGAGAUGAACGCCAAGCUGCUGGACUUUGACACCUUCCUGCCCAUGCUGCAGCACAUCUCGCGCACCAAGGAGCAGGGCACCUUUGAGGACUUUGUGGAGGGCCUACGCGUGUUCGACAAGGAGGGCAACGGCACGGUGAUGGGCGCGGAGCUGAGGCACGUGCUGGCCACGCUGGGGGAGAAGCUGAGCGAGGACGAGGUGGACCGGCUGAUGCUGGGCCAGGAGGACUCCAGCGGACACAUCAACUACACCGAGUUCGUCAAGCACGUGAUGGCCGGGUAGAGACGGGGGGGGCGUAGUGAGGCCGAGAAGAGAAGGGUCUGGGUGUGUUGAAGGUUGUAGGGCAACCCCUCAAGGUCGUUUAGCGGUUAGCUGGGGGUCAUCAGCCAGCGCUACACACACAGACACACACACACACACCCACAAACACAUGCACACACACACACACACACACGCACGCACGCACACACGCACGCACGCACGCACGCACACACACACACACACACACACGCACACGCACACGCACACGCACACGCACACACACACACACACCCCGUAAUGUUCUGUUUCUCUUGCCUCUGCUCUGCAAUAUUAAAGUCAUUAACAUACUGUAUGUCUACUGGGUUGAUUGUGAAGACUUUUUUGGACUCAUUUUUCUGUUCAUUGAACGUUUUAUUUCCACUGGGUGUCAUUCUGUCCUCUGAAUCAAUAACAGGAACAUGAAACAAUGUUUCAAAAUAAUUAUUGAAACGUUUUUUGUUGCUGUGGGCUCCUUUAAUAAAUCCAAAACUGCCGCUGGGCUGCAAUUUUAAAGUAAAUUGUUUAUUGCCAUUAUUUAUCAAUGACGUAUUUAUAUUAUUAGAUUAUUAACACCAUUACUUCUUGUAAUUAUACCAAAGAUAUUGUGGCUUGUAUUGAUAAUCUAUGGUUAUCUAUUGUAGAACAAAUACCCAUCCUUGGACAAACUACAUCUGGUCAGCUAUCAUUCUGUGUUAACGUUUCUACUACUCAUAUUGUGUAUUAAAAACAUUUA